AUGUCCUCGCAAUACAAAGGCGGGUUAAGCCGCUUUCAGUCGAGUAUCGACAUUACCAAGACACAGUUGGCCGUACUCUUUGUCACUACCAUGUUGGCGGUAGAUGCCCUCAAUCCGGUCAAGAUUGUCUUGCACGUGUUCCCAUUUGUCAUGCCCUGGCACAUUGCCACCAUUUCGGCACUCCUCGGCUGCUACGUGUUUAUCAAGGACAUGAAAGAUUUGCUCUACUUUUCCGUCAAGGUCUUUUUCCAUUCCAUUCUCUCCAUUUUCUUUCGCGAUGUCGAAAUUGUCGGCGUCCAGAAUAUACCCACAUUUGGUCCCUGCAUCUUUUCCGUCAAUCACGCCAAUCAAUUCGUCGAUGCCGUCAUGUUGGUCUGCACGGCACAAAGACCCGCAUCGUAUUUGAUGGCCGAAGUGUCCUACAAACGACGGGUGAUUGGUGAUCUGGCAUGGGCGCUGGGAGUGGUACCCGUCAAACGAGCUCAGGAUUCCGCCAUUAAAGGAAUUGGAACCAUCACCAUUGCCCACACCAGCAAUCAAGGAGACGAAGAAGAAACAUUGGAAGCCGAUGUCGGACCACUGGCACCUACGUAUAUGGUAAAUGGAUUUGAUACGCAAUUCAUUCAACAACUCAAUGUCGGGGACAAGGUCCGACCACUGGGGACACCCGUGGCACUCAAAAUUACCGAAAUACUCAACGAUUCCACUCUCAUUGUGGAUGAGGUAGGAGUGCCGGAAGAUUUUGAAACCUUUGAUACACCCAAAUCCUUUGAUAUUCUCAAACGAGUCGAUCAAAAACAAGUGUACGAAAAAGUACUGGAACGCAUUGCCAGUGGAGGUGCAAUUGGCAUAUUCCCAGAAGGAGGUUCCCAUGAUCGAACCGAUCUGCUACCCCUCAAGGUGGGUGUGGCUCUGAUUGCCUAUUCGGCGCUGGAAAAAGAUGGAAUCAAUGUCCCCAUUGUACCGGUGGGUCUCAAUUACUUUCAAGCACAUCGUUGGAGGGGGCGUGCCGUGGUGGAAUUUGGAAGACCCAUUCGAAUCAAUCCAUCCACGCUCAAAGCCUACAAACAGGGCGGCACCGAACGACGCAAGGUUUGUAGCGAGCUGCUCGAUCGCGUACAGGAUAGUAUGAAGAGUGUCAUUGUGUCCGCACCCGAUUACGAUACCCUACAGGUCAUCCAUACGGCCAGACGAUUGUACCAGCGCAAAGGACAAAUGGAACCAUCGGCAAAACAAGAUCUCAAUCGACGAUUCGCGGAGGGAUACAAACGAUUACUCCUCAUGACAGACGGCAAUCCACCGAAAGAAUGGCUCGACUUGCAGGAUCGACUCGUUGCGUACCAUCAUGAAUUGGGGCACUUGGGAAUUCGAGAUUAUCACGUACCCACACUCAAUCAUGGAUUGAAGGACGAAGGGUUGGAUGGGGAUAAAGUUCUGAGUUACAUGGACACAUUCUACCAGAUUCUGCAUCUCUUAUUCUUGCUGCUGUUGGCAGCCGUGCCGACAAUACUCAUCAAUAUGCCCAUUGGAGUACUGGCAGGCAUGUACUCCGAGUCGAGGAGAAAGACGCUUCUCGCGCGUUCCAAAGUCAAAGUCAGAGCGUACGAUGUUGUGUUGACGGAGAAAAUCCUCUUUUGUAUCGUCAUGAUUCCCAUUCUUUGGACAUCCUACGGCUUGAUUCUGUACUGUUUCACCGACAUGGAUGGCCCCACAUUGACGCUGACAAUAUUUUCCAUGCCAUUGUGCGCCUAUGUUGGUAUCAUUGUGACAGAGGCCGGAAUGGUCGAUGCCAAAGAUCUCCGACCCUGGGUCAUGAAACUCUUCCCAUCGUCGCGCAAACGGCUUGCGGCACUGCCGGAAACACGCCUCGGAUUGCAACGAGAUUUGCGAAAAUUCAUCAAGAAGCUGGGACCAGUUCUGGGCGAGAUCUACUACAAGAAGGAUCUCGACUGGGGCGCCAUUCAGGAGAAGGCCAGAAUCGCCAGUGAGAAAGCUGCCGCCAGUGCCGAGGCUGCCGAGUUGGAAGAUUCCAAUCAUAUUCGCCGCCGAGGCUCGGAAGCUUCGCUGACGCUGGAAAUCCCUACAAGCGAGUUUCGCCCUUCGGAGGUCCUAAUCUCGGAGUUACCACCGACGAUUGAUGGUCUACACUCGUCUUUCAUGGAGCAACCUCAAGGAGGAGAAGAAGAAGGAACAGCGGACAAAGGAACCGAAGAAGUACAAAAUGAAACGGAAGGCGAAGAGCAAAAGAAAGAAAAUUAAAGCGUGGAUGCCUAGCUGGCAGGGUUUUGUGGAAUUUACAAUACGUUGUCGUCAAUCUUGCAUGAAAACGUUCGUAUCUUCAGCUCGACUAGAGCUCUUGGCCUGGCAUGAGUCAAGCCCCAAGUUGGCGCCCCCAACACUAAUGCUCUCUGCACAGUCGCCGAUGUCAACACUCACUAUGUCCUGGCUAGCUAUAGUUGUGGAUUGAAAGUGCCUCCUUGCAUUGCAUCUUUCCCAUGACUAAACUACCGGUGCUGUAGUAACAGAAGAAGGGAAACAAUGCAAUGAAGUUGCUGUCAGUGAGCG